UUUUGCUAGAGACCAGCUUCAGGGGGGUGUAGCUGCUAAGAGAGAGGGGGAAUAAAGAAAGGAAGGAAGAAAGAAGGAAGGAAAGAAACGGAAGGAAGGAGGGAGAAGAACGAACCACACCACCAGGAGCCUGGUCAUUGUGCUGCUAUUGUUGAGAGCUCUGAAGGCUGCCUCUCUCCUAGCACAACAGCUGGAAAAUCCUCAGCAGCUGUAAGCAAAGACGCUCAGGAUUACUCUAUCCCCAUCUCCAUAGCUAUGAAUCAUUGCGAAAGAAAGACAAGAUGGAAAACUGUUUUAUUACAACAGUGCGUUUUGCUGCUGACCUUUUUUGUAAUUACACUGGAAGCAGUGCCUAUAGACAUAGACAAGACAAAAGUACAAGAGAAGGAACAUGCAGAGAGUCAAAAUGUAGAUAAUCCGGAUACCGGGCUUUAUUAUGAUGCUUACCUCAGGCAAGUGAUAGAUGUUCUGGAGACAGACAAACAUUUCAGAGAGAAGCUCCAGACAGCAGAUAUGGAAGAAAUAAAGAGCGGAAAGCUAAGCAAAGAGCUAGACUUAGUUAGCCAUCAUGUGAGAACAAGGCUGGAUGAACUGAAAAGGCAAGAGGUUGCAAGAUUACGGAUGUUAAUUAAAGCCAAGAUUGAUGCAUUUCAUGAUUCUGGCAUAGACCAUCAAGCUCUUCUCAAACAGUUUGAGCAUCUGAACCACCACAACCCUCACACUUUUGAAGCUAAAGAUUUAGACAUGCUAAUCAGAGCUGCCACAAGUGACUUAGAAAAUUAUGACAAGACCCGUCAUGAGGAAUUUAAGAAAUAUGAGAUGUUGAAAGAACAUGAAAGAAGAGAAUAUUUAAAAACACUGGAUGAAGAAAAGAGACACCAAGAGGAAGCCAAGUAUGAGCAAAUGAAGAAAAAGCAUGGUGAUCACCCCAAAGUUAACCAUCCUGGAAGCAAAGACCAACUGAAAGAGGUGUGGGAGGAGGCAGAUGGGCUGGACCCUAAUGAAUUUGAUCCAAAGACCUUUUUCAAGUUGCAUGAUGUCAAUAGUGAUGGUUUUCUGGAUGAACAGGAGUUAGAAGCCUUGUUUACUAAAGAGCUAGAGAAAGUCUACGAUCCCAAAAAUGAAGAGGAUGACAUGGUAGAAAUGGAAGAAGAGAGGCUACGAAUGAGAGAACAUGUCAUGAAUGAGGUUGACAGUAACAAGGACCGUUUAGUGACUUUGAAUGAGUUCAUAAAAGCAACAGAGAAAAAGGAGUUUUUAGAGCCAGACAGCUGGGAGACCUUGGACCAACAGCAGAUCUUCACUGAAGACGAUCUGAAGGAAUAUGAAAUUCACAUUUCCCAGCAAGAAGGUGAACUGCAGAAGCAGGCAUUAGAACUUCAGAAAAGGAAAGAAGAGCUACAGAAGCAACAAGAUCACCUUCAGGCUCAGAGACAAGAACUCGAGCAGGCUGUUCAGCAAAUGGAAAAGAAGAAGUCACAGCAAGGACAUCCUCCCUCGGGACCAAAUGGAGAACUGCAAUUCCAACCACCCGGGGCACAACCAGUUGCAAAUACUCAAAAUCAUCCGGCAGGAAGCAAUCAACCUUUACCACCAGGAAACAUACCUGUACAAGAAGCUGCUGCUGGAUCGGAUCAUGUCCAGUCUCAUCCUUAACCAUUUGUGCCUCAACUUUAUACCACAUUUUUGGGAGGGAAUGGGUGGGGGAAACAGAGACUAAAAAUAAAUUGGGAAAUGUUUACUUUCAUCUCCAUUUCAAAACGUAGGAAUUCAUAUAAACUUACAAUGCUAAUUCAACAUGACUUUCGAAGGCACAAAAAAAUAACAGUACAGGUUUUUUAAAGUUGUGGAUCUUUACUGUGAGAAAGGUCUAUAAAAAUAUUCUAGUUUUGUCACUAGACUUAAGGAGAGAACAUCCAGCUUUUCUCCUGUGAAAUCUGUUGUUUGACCAAUGUGAUUUUAACAGCCUGGCUGUUGUUUGUUCCUUGGAAAUUCUCCCCUUCCCCCACUUCAUGUUUAAAUUGAAUAUGUCUGUAUCAUCAUCCAGAAGACACAUUGAUGAGGAAAAUUUAAGAGGAGCAAAAUCCCACCCUAUUUUAUUUUGGGUAAAUUUUUAAUGCUGAUAAUCUGAAUUGCCAGUGGGUGUAAAAGUGGACAUUUGCUCGUUGGAGAUGUUCAGUAUGUGUCUAAACAAGAGGCACAAGACCCUUGGCAUAUGACAAUAUUUUCCUAAAAGUGCCAACUAUGGAUAGCAGGAAGUUUAGGGCUGAGGAUUGAAUGAGCUCUCUUUGUUGCUGAGUUCUGGCAAUCCAUUUUGCUAUGUGAGGUCAAAUGAAAAGCAACCACCUGCGAUCUGAUUUCAAGAAAUUCUGCGCAUUAAAAAAAAAGUAUAAUUGCAGCAGGGAGUAAUGGGAAGCAAUGAGUAUAACUUCUGUUUACAAUGCCUAAGAAUACCAACAUAAGAACCCUUCAACAGAAAUACUUUGCUUGAAGUGUAUUGAUUGAGCCAUCUGUAUUGUUGCUAACUGAAUGCAGUGUGUCAGCUGGAAACGUCCCCUGCAAGUUCUGCUGUAAACAAGAUACUUUGUCCACCUUCCUUUCAUAAUAUGCCAAUGGCAUUUAUCCCUCUGUGAGCUAUGAAAAUGAGCUCUUUAGAUGAUGAAAAUAUUUUCAGAAUUAGCAAAGACCUAUCAUUGUCUUUUCCUGGACAAAGCCGCCAAACUCCUGCUGUAAAAGAUUUCUUUCAAAAUCAUCACUGUGUUUGAAGCAGCAAUUCUCAAAGUCUGUAUUCUGAGUUUAACCUAAACUACUCAUUAAUCUUACAAUACUGGAUAUAAUUACAUGGCAGUAAAAGGCAUGUAUUCUAGAUGUGGAUAUUUCAUGGAAGCAUCAAUUAUUUAAGAAUAAUUGUUUUCUACUUCAUGCCUUUGUUUGGCUGUGAACUUGGCUAAGGACAACAUGACUAUCUAAAUUCUCUACCGUUUUAGCACAGAAAGAAACAUCCAGGUCCUUACAGCCAAAAAGCAGUUUAUUCUUUCAACUUGAAAUGCAUUUUUCUUCCUAUUUAGUUAUUUGUACUUGGAUUUUGAUUCAAACACUGUUGAAAUAAGUGGAAAUAUUCCACAAGUGACGAAGUAUGUAGGUUGGUGAAAAACAAAUUAAGAGUAAGAUAACACAAAACCACAUCCCUUUAUGAGAAAACUAUUUCUGAUGUUUGUGCCUAUGGGACAGAAAAGGAGAUGGCCAUUAAAAUAUUAAGACUUCAAAGCUGUUUUGUUAAUGAAGAACUGUAACCAUUUUCAUUUCCAGGAAAUUGGGCAUUUCUCUGUAAGAUCGUAAUAUUUAUACAGGGCUUCAAGAAACUAAAUAAUUUGCAUAAGAUAAAAUAUAUUUAUACAGGUGCUGUAAAAGCAUUAGGGAAGAAAACUAUGGGCUGCAAUACCCUUGCUAAAGCAGAUUUUGACCUUCAGGUGGAGUAGAUUCUCUUUUUACAGGCUAAUUUCUAAAAGACAGCUAUCUUUUCUUGAGUGACCUUUCCACACUGUAUUUUGCACAUAAUUAAUAGCAUCUCUUUCUACUUGCCCAUGGCUUUUCAAGCAGAUUCUUUGAAAAACUUGCCUAGGCAAUGGUUUGUACUAUUGUACAACUCACCCUGCAUUUGCUGAAUUACUGGUGUUCACUACCACAUGCACAAUUCUCUUUUAAUCACACUACCCCAAAUGCCAUAAUUUGAGCAACUGCUAAAACAUGCCAAAAUCGAAAUCUUCUACAUAGCAGGAAGUGCUCACAACUGGCUGCGCAUAUCCAGGGAGACAAACCAUGCUGGCUUUUCAUGGAAUUAUCUCCAUGGCCUUGUAACCUGGGCCUGUGUUUCCUUUGCAUGUGUGCACGUGUGUGUUCAUCAUCCUAAUUGGUUUUUGCGCUCUGUCCUUUUACGGUCCUGAAAGGAAUAUGGUGAUGCAGUUCUGAUUCACAGGCUGAAUUGACUUUUUGUAGUUCUUGGAUUCUGUUCCACAGCUCAUGGUGGCCCAUUGGAAGAAGAGCCACAGGCAACUGCGACUAUACUUAAUACAUUCCUGUUUGAGUGAUGGCAGGUGUUACCAAAAGGCGACACAAGUAUAAUGGACUGAUAUCCAUUAUAUUAAUUCUUAUCACCCAUAAUAACCUUACAGAACAUCAACAAAAGCUCCCUGGGAAAGGCUCUCUGCUCCCUACAGGUUACUUGAAAAAAUAUGACCCAUCUGCACAUGCUCAGCAGCUUAAAUACAGGCUGUGGUGCUUGAUUGAGGUGCAUCUAAUACAAAUGAUUAAAAGCCCCGUCUGUGUUUGUUUGUGGCCUCACCAGUAUUUACAGCCCUAAACGUCAUGCUGUCCCUUUAUUUUAUGUGGUAUUCAUCCCUUUGUUUUAGCUUAUAAAUAAAAUCA